AGCUAGCUCAGUUCUUCUUCAAACUCUCCCUCCCUGUCUGUGUCUAUUUUCGCCAUGGAAAUCUCUUAGGACUCUGAAAAGCAAAAGCUAAAUCUUAUAAAAAAAAAACACUUUCUUUGUUGUGCGUUUGGUUUGUUUAUGUUGGUUUUUCAAAAUGGUUUCGUUGGAAGAUUCUCAUUCUACUUCAAGUCGCCGGUUUCCUUUACUGCAAAAUUUUUACUCACCAUCUUUAGUUUCGAGCCCCAAAAUCCACCGAAAUCCCGCCCGAUCCAUGCGUACGAUUCGCUCGCAUCUGUACCAAGACGAAAACAGUUGUUCCUUCACUACUGUUCCCGAUAACUCCGGCUACAUGUCCGAGAAUCUGACCGAAUCGGUUAUCGACAUGAGACUUGGCGAGCUUGCCACCAAACUUUUUGACGCCAAAUCGGCCAAGUCCAACGCAUCAGAAGACGAUUUCUUGAAUGUCUCACAAGCAUUCAGCGAUUUCUCGGUCUGUAGCAGCGAUAUAUCGGGCGAGUUACAGCGCCUCGCAAGCUUACCUUCACCUGAAAACAGCCCCGCGCAGCCCGGUGGCGAAAACCGUCAAAGCGAGCCUGAACCGGAGCCGGAGCCGUGUUUGGGGUUCCUCCAAAGGGAAAGCUUCUCGACCGAAAUAAUCGAAAGCAUUUCGCCGGAAGAUCUUCAACCGACGGUCAAGAUCUGCGUCGACGGUCUUCAAUCCUCAUCAAUCGCCAUCAAGCGAUCAGCCGCAGCAAAGCUGAGACUUUUAGCAAAAAACCGGUCCGAUAAUCGGGUACUUAUCGGCGAAUCGGGUGCCAUACCGGCCUUAAUUCCCCUCCUCAAAUGUAGCGAUCCGUGGACUCAAGAGCAUUCAGUAACAGCUUUAUUAAACCUCUCUUUGCAUGAGAACAACAAAUCCCUAAUCACAAACGCAGGGGCAAUAAAGUCUUUAGUAUAUGUUCUCAAAACCGGUACCGAAACUUCGAAGCAAAACGCAGCCUGUGCUCUGUUGAGUCUGGCUCUGAUAGAAGAGAACAAAAGUUCCAUAGGCGCAUGUGGGGCAAUUCCACCCUUAGUUUCAUUGCUAAUAAGUGGUUCAAACAGAGGGAAGAAAGAUUCUUUAACGACAUUGUACAAGCUUUGUUCCUUGAAGCAAAACAAGGAGAGGGCUGUGAGCGCCGGGGCGGUGAGGCCGUUGGUGGCGAUGUUGGUGGGGCAAGGUGAGGGAAUGGCGGAGAAGGCCAUGGUGGUGUUGAGCUUAUUGGCGGCAAUUGCGGAGGGGCGAGACGCUAUUGUUGAUGAAAAUGGAAUCGCUGCUUUUGUGGAGGCUAUUGAAGAUGGGAGUGUCAAGGGGAAGGAGUUUGCGGUGUUGACUUUGUUGCAGCUUUGUGCUGAGAGUGUUAGGAAUAGAGGGUUGCUGGUUAGAGAAGGAGGAAUUCCUCCACUUGUGGCGCUUUCACAAACCGGGAGUGUGAGAGCAAAGCAUAAGGCCGAAACACUUCUUGGGUAUCUGAGAGAACCAAGACAGGAGGCUUCAUCAUCCAGCCCUUAGAGAAGUAGUAGUUAAUUACUUAGAAAAGGUAAUUAAUGAUAUACUAAGGGUGUUGUUUUGAUGUACAAAGGGAGUGUUUUUGAUGAUGGUUUGUACAGUGUGGUGGAGAAAUCAUUUGUAGAAUUGAAAAAAAAAAAAAAAAAAAAAAAUAUUAGGGAGAGAGAGAUUAG